AUCUCGCGAGAGGUGGCGCAGGCGUCGCGAGAGCGGGCGCAGCGCUGCGGUAGGAGGUCGGCGGAGAAGGACGGAGCCGCUUCGCUCCCGCCGCCCGCCUCACCCUGCCUCCUCCUGCCUCCCCUCCCCGGCCCGCGGACAGGAGGAUGCCGCGCUCCGGGCCGCUCCCCGCCGCCCUCUCGUUGCUGCUGGUGACGGCCGCCCUCCUGCCGGGACCCGCCGCGGCGCAGAACGCUGGGUUUGUCAAGUCGCCCAUGUCAGAAACUAAACUCACGGGGGACGCCUUUGAACUGUACUGUGAUGUGGUUGGGAACCCCACUCCAGAGAUCCAGUGGUGGUAUGCUGAAGUCAACCGGGCUGAGUCUUUCAAACAGCUUUGGGAUGGCGCUCGGAAGCGCCGUGUCACCAUUAACACUGCCUACGGGGCGAAUGGGGUGAGUGUGCUGAGAAUAACCCGCCUUACCUUGGAAGACUCUGGGACUUACGAGUGCAGGGCCAGCAACGAUCCCAGGAGGAAUGACUUGAGACAAAAUCCCUCCAUAACGUGGAUUCGAGCCCAGGCUACUAUAAGCAUCCUUCAGAAGCCCAGGAUCAACGCCAGCGAGGAUGUAGUCAUUCAUCUGUACAGCCCGGCCGUCACAUUGCAGUGUAACCUCACCACAAGUCCCAGCCCCCUUUCUGCCAGUUUCUGGGUGAAGAACGGAGAGGAGAUCCCUGGCACUAGAAAAUCUUCAAACACUACAGAAUACAAGAUUUUGAAGCCCAGAGCAGAAGAGUCAGGGGAAUACUUGUGCGUGUUUGUGUUUUCAAACUCUCCUAUAGCCAACGCCACUAUAGAAGUGAGAGCUACUCCUGACAUCACUGGCCACAAGCGAAGUGAAAAUAAAAAUGAGGGGCAGGAGGCACUCAUGUACUGCAAGUCUGUGGGCUUCCCCCAUCCCGAGUGGGUGUGGCGCAAGAAGGUCAACGGCGUAUUUGAGGACAUCAACAACUCCUCUGGCAGAUUCUUUAUUUUAAAUAAAGACAACUACACCGAGCUCAGCAUCACAAACCUACAGAUAAACGAGGAUCCUGGCGAGUACCAGUGCAACGCAACCAACCAGGUCGGCUCUGUCUCGGUCACAACCAUCCUCCGUGUCCGCAGCCACUUGGCUCCCCUCUGGCCCUUUUUGGGGAUCUUGGCAGAAAUCGUUAUCCUCGUUGUCAUCAUAGUUGUCUAUGAGAAAAGGAAGCGGCCGGAUGAAGUCCCAGACGAUGAUGAACCAGCUGGGCCAAUGAAAACCAAUUCUACAAACAAUCAUAAAGAUAAAAACUUACGCCAGAGAAACACAAAUUAAAAAUGCUUAUCAUGUAAGUAUGACUCGCACACGUCUCCGAAACGGUCAGGCUAAAGUCCUCCUUGUUCUGUGGUGGUUGGGGUGCGUAAAGAGAACUUGUUCCACGGGUUAAGAAGGUCCCAGCUGCUCGGGGGAGGGCACUACCCUUCCUGCCACGCUCCAGAGGGCACUGGGGGUUAUCAAAAGAUUUUUGUCAUAAAAUACGCAGGUAGCUUAAUGAUCCAGUAGCUGUCCAACUCUACGUAAUGGCUGCGAUUGCUAAUAAAAAAGAAACCCAAACCCUUCCUCGGUCAGUCUUUAAAACCUGGAAGCUCACCUUGGUGGGAAGCCUGUGUCUUCGUUUAAAACCCGAACGGAAGUUAAGCGCUUUGAUUGCACGCUGUUACGGCACGCGAUGUUGAAAAUGCUGCCAGGCAUUGACUAGCACCUUUUCUCAUUUCUUUUUUAGAGCUUUAAGUUUCUGAGAGACUGAUGGCAAUAUGACCUGCUAAAUUUAAGGGUUGGAACUCUUGGUUCUAGAACUCCAGUUCUGUCUGACUUUUUUUUUUUUUUUUUCUUUUUCCUUUUCAAGUGAGCAACAAUAUGACUGUCUAAAGCAUGCCUUAUUUAGCCUCUCCUGUAAGGAUGACCUAGCCAGAUAAAUCUUAAUAAUGCUUCAGUGUAGAAGGUGUAAACUAUUUUGGGCUUGAUGUGCUGUGAAUGUUGCUUUUUUUUUCUUUCUUUCUUUUUUUUUUUUUUUUUUUUUGUCCUUAAUCUAUUUAAACAUUAGUAUUAGUAAGUCUGUUCACGCAUGCGCCAUUUUUUACUUCCUGUAGCUGUUAAAAUUGGCAAAGCUCUAAAACGCACUGCUGCCAUCUAGUGAUACUUUUUGUAAAGUACAGCAAAACUUAAAAA